UUGCAGGAGCCGCCGCCGGCUUCAAGUCUGCAGCGGGAUUUGGCGAUGCUCCCGUCGUGCCUUGCGCCGUCUCCAUAGCUACCGCCCGGCGGGCGUCCGCCGUUGCCUAGGCCGCGGCGGGCUCACCGGGAGGCGGGAUGGGCCCCGGGUCGCCGCUGGGGUUCUUCCCGAGGCUUCUCGCGGCCUGCCUUCUAUUGCCGCUCUCCUCGUCCACGGAAGCGUCAACGAGCGCGGCCACCUCGGAGCCCCCGACCGGCUGGGAUGAGGCCACGUCGGGGGGCCCGACAGCGGGUACCCCGCCUUACCCGACCCCUAGUCCCAGCCAGGCCUCCUCUAGUCCGGGCCCCGCCAGCAGCCCUGCGUGGACCUCCGACCCGGGCCCCGCCAGCAGCAAGCCCAGUCCGACAGACGCGGCGGGGGUGCCCGUCCCUUCGGAGCUGCCGGACCCUGGAACGACUCCCCGACCUGGUCCGUGGCCCGCGCCUGUGACCGACGUGGCCAAGUUGUGUGUCUGUGACCUCCUGGUGGACCAGUGUGAUGUAAAUUGUUGCUGUGACCCCAUAUGCACUGCUGCAGAUUUCAGCCUCUUCACUAUGUGUUCAGUUCCUGUUGUCACAGGUGACAGGCAUCUCUGCUGGCAGCAAGAAGCUCUCUAUUCAAUAGAUCCAACAGCGCAUCCUCCAGAGAGGAUCUUUCAAUUAGCCGACAAGGUCAACCCCAGCAUUUUCUGUAUUCAGUCCACCAACAACAAAGCUGCCUUAUCGUUCCAAGCCCCAGAAAUACCUACUAUGCACAAUUUUGAUAGGUUGCUUGAAGAAUUUGGCGACAAUACCUUUGGUAUUGAAAGCAACCUUGCACUGGAGGAUGAGUUGGACACCCGGCAGGCUACAAGUACAAACAGUACCAGCAAGUACAAGUAUAACGAUCCCAUACAGACAUCAGAUGGGUUUCUAAGUCUCCCUGCUCCACUCUUCCUCGCCUGGUGUACCCACAGUAACCCUGCAGGGUUUCUUGUGAACCAGGCAGUGAAAUGCAACACGAUGAUCACGGGAGAUGCAUGCACCACCCUGCCAGGCCUCAGCAUGCAGUUCUACACCAGUCCUAGUAUUUUGGCUGCACCAGAGUCAAGACUUGUGGUGAACGUCACCAUCCAGUCCAUAACCGUGCAGAGUCCGGAGGGGCUGCGCACGCGUCUGAAGAACACUGAUGCUCUGAUUCUCCCCACAUUAAAUGGUCAGUCAUGCAGUAACGUGGUUCUGGAGGCAAGUUACCUUAUUACCUUCACAGAGGCAGGUGAAAUUGCCAGUGCGGGUGUAUCUUUGAUCCUGGGGACCAUUAACAUGAUGGCACGUUUUGUAUUGCAGUCCUUUGAGAUCCGUUUCAUUCAGCAAGAAACUCAGCCUGUUCGUCUCAGUGGAAGCCCUGGUUAUGUUGUUGGCCUACCAAUAAAAGCUGGAUUUCGGACUCCUGGAUCUGGAAUUGUUCAGAGCACAAAUGAAGCUGGACAGCUUACCCUCAUGAAGAGCACACCUGCUCAGGAUUGCUUAGCUGUAGAAGGAGUUAGAACCCCAAUAUUGUUUGGGUACAGCAUGCUGUCUGGAUGCCAACUACGCAUUACCAAGGAUGCGGACUGCAGGCUCUUGGCCCCAGCGCUCCUGAGUGUGCUGAGGGGUCAAAACUUCCCAGACUACGUGGCCUCUUUUGGAAAUUCUCUGCCCCAGAAUGAACUGGACUGGCUGCAAAUUUCUAACAACGUCACCGAACCGAGCACCUGCGAAAUUCCCGUGUCAUUUCAAAUAGAAGUGAAAUGGACUAAAUAUGGCUCCUUAGUUAACCCCCAGGCGAAAAUCGUGAGUCUCACGGCGACGGUGAUGACAGCCGUCUUGCCCCAGGUUGACUCAGGAAGCGAACAAACAAUCCAGAUCUACAGCUCUGCCACUUUUGUUGACGUCUCUGCGCCCGCUGAGCCGGGUUACAAAGCACGACCAACCAUCGAAGCCAACUUGCCCUUCGACUUUUUCUUCCCAUUUGUUUAGUCGCAGCGUGAACUGCUUCUUCCUUCCUUUUCUCAGAGCGAGAGGGAACCAGGUUUUAAACCACUCUUCCACUGGGAUCAAAGAUCCCUCCAAAACAUUGACUGGCUGCAUGUCUGAAAAGGGAGUAUGUGGGGAAAGGAGCCCCAACUAAGCCGUGGCAGGGUUGGACUAGAGGAGACAACAGCAGCAACUCCCCUCCAUAAUCCUGUUUAGCAGUGAGAGAGGGGGGUCCUUCAGCAAAUGCAGCUUCCAUCAUGUGCUGCAGUGGAAGUUUUGUGGAGUACACCUCAGCUCCUGUGCUGUGCCUACCCCCAGGACAGAGCCAUUCCGCGCCUCCUCUUGUAAUACGUGGGCAGUCACCAUCUUUGCAGGGAAUCGUAAAAGAAGGAGCUGUGAAUCAAGAUGGGUAUGCUGUGCUUCCUCCUCUCCUGGGAAGCUCCAGUUCCCACCACUGCUGCCCCCCCCCAAACUCACACACUUGGAUUGUACUACACACCUUGAUAUUUCUUCUGAAUUUAUUUUCCCCAUGUUUUCCAUUCUUGAGGACUACUAACUCUCCAAAGCCCACUGCAUGUUCCUAUAUUCAUUUCCAUGGUCCUGCAAGUAGGAAGAGCUUAUUGUAAGACAUUGCUUUAUUUUAUUUUAUUUUAUUUUAUU